AUGCAGCCCAACACAUACCCCCCCAUUCUCCCAGCCCCUGCCCCAGCCGCGCCAGUUGGUGAGAACCCGUCCGCCUCCAAAGCCCGUAGCAAAGCGAACAAGGACAUCGCCGCCCGGAAACGGAUCGGUACGCAGCUUGCCUGCGAAGAGUGUCGCGCUCGGAAGACCCGAUGCAACGGUGCGCGGCCCAUGUGUGCUCACUGCGUCAAGCGUGGACUACCCACAUGUGUCUACCGCGAUAGGACCGUCACGGUGCUUCAAGUUUCUUCACAGGUCCUGGACCUCCUCAUGUCGCUGCCCGAAGACCGCUCUGUGAAGCUUCUCUACUUCUUGAGAGACAAGCAAGAUCCUACUUCGGCCUUGUCGUCUUUCAAUCUGGAUACAGACGACACCGACGGUGAGGAAGACCUAGCCACACCUGAAUCGACUCCAGGCUCCCUCGAGUCCGAACUUAGGGAGCAUAACUCGACGGCGUAUAUGUCCUUGCGCCCCAUCAAUAACUCCGAGUUGGCCAGGAGCCAUCUGCUUCGUCCGUUUCGGGACCACGCACUGGUUGGUGAAGACGUGCUCAUGGACGGAUCCACGGAUGUAAAUUCGAUGCCUGACUACGAGGGACAGAGUCAGGCAGGAGACAAUGCUGCGGACGGGAGUGGAGGGGUCAGGCUCGAUGCUGAUUCAGCCAUAAGACAGUUUCGAGCCCCCCUUUCUCCUCCCAGUGAAGUGCCAUACUGCGACGAGCGACUCCACCACCUGAACGUCGCAGCUUGGACAGACAUACAAAUCUCUAAUGACUUUGCUGCUCGGGUGAUCUCCUUAUACAUCACGACAGACCAUCCACUUCUGGGUCUUUUCAGUCCGAGUCUCUUCAUUACCGAUCUAGUCAACCAACAGGGAAGAUACUGCUCGAGAUUCCUCUUCCACGCUGUCAUGUAUUUGGGAUGUCUCAUGUAUAGCGCAUUCGAUCAGAGUGCGGCUCGGACGGCCGAGUCUUUCUGCGCAAAGGCCGAGGAAAUGUGGGCCCAAGAGAAAGAAGGCGACUCGUACAACGCUAUGGCCGGUGCAGUCUUGCUCAGCUUAUCCUACGUGGGGCAGGGCAAGGAUCACGAAAUUAUCAUCUUCACGAAGGCCGCUCUGAGCAUGGGCAUCCGCUUAGGUCUCUUUGGGAACUUGGAAACUGCGGCCAGGGGCCCUGGCGAGACGCUGUCCGAGGAAGAUGUGACUGCCAGCUGCUAUGCGGCGUGGGGCGUAUUCAACUGGAAUGUGCUUGUUUCACUAUUCUACCGCCAGCCAGGCACUGAGUGCCCACCGCGCCCUCCUAUACUACCUAUCCCGGAGGGAGCGAUAGCCCAGCAGGGCAUCGUGCCUCGAGACGUUCAUGAAGUCGAUGAAGCUCUUGUAGGGAAUACGUUCCCCGCACUUUGUCGCUUCUGGUUGAUCAUUCAUGGAGCUCGAUGGAUUUAUUACCCAGGGAAGAGCAUCCCGGACAGUAACUUUCAGAUGGCUUUAGCAGAGCACAAGUUUAGGGAGUUGAUCGCCUGGGCGCAGAAUCUCCCACCCUCUCUGCUCCGACGAGAAGGGAGUCCACACUACGUGGCCGUUAUUCAUAUAUGGUUCCAUUCGGUGAUCCUCGACAUCUUCCGGCCCUUUAUCGGAAGGCCAAGUGAUUUACGACCUCGUAUGGGGACUUUCUCAGCGGUAGACAGCACCCCAGACACAGCGUACACUGCAUCGACGAACCAACUCAAGCAUCUUAUUGUCGAGUACCGCACAAAUCACGCUGCAUCUACAUACACGAUCCUCUGGCAUACCGGGCUCAUCUACCUGGCAAACGCUAUGUUGCACAACACCAAAGACCCGGAGUGGCGUCUCUACUUCCUCUUGUGCAUCUAUGGUUAUGAGAGUCUGAGUCGGCCAUACCGCGUAUCCGAAGUCAUUGUGCAGGGCCUGCUAUCAAUGACACUACGGGAUACCAACAUGUCGGUAGACGACGCUCGGCAGAUCAUGGCCGAACUCAAGGAGAACAGGCUAGACAAUGUAAAGAAGGACAUGGAAGAACAAGUGCGAGCCACGUUCAUGGGCGACCUGGAUCUCGCCUUCACAGAUCCCGAGCAGGCAAAGGUUGAGACUCUGGCAGGAGAGUUUGACAACUUGGCUCUCUUCCAAGAUUUUAUCAACCAAGAUAAGAUGUCAGACUGA